AUGUUUGGAAAGGAUUCAGUGCCGUUUACGCGUGUCGGGACCUCAGGAUGGUCGGUGCAUUGGCAAGUACUGUUUUGUUUGUUGUGCUUGUGUCAUGUCGCAAAAGGACAGAUCCGAUAUUCUAUUCCGGAGGAGAUGAAGAAAGGCUCGCUAAUCGGUAACGUGGCACAAGACCUCGGGCUCGAUUUGAGAAGACUCCGGGAAGGUCGAGCUCGUAUCGUCAGUGGGGAAAGCCUGCAGUACACAGAGCUGAAAACAGACAAAGGAAUACUCGUUGUAAAUGAAAGAAUAGACCGAGAGCAGUUAUGCGGCGACAUCACGCCAUGCAGCAUCAGCUUCGAAAUCAUUCUAGAGAAUCCGAUGGAACUACAUCCUGUACAAAUCUUAAUCCGGGACCAAAAUGACAACGCGCCUCAGAUUUUGUACCCAGUGCAAACUGGUGGUUCAGUGGUGGCAGAGAUUGUGCCUCGUUCAACUGAUGUGGGCUACCUCGUCACUAAAGUAGUAGCUGUUGAUGUGGACUCUGGACAGAAUGCCUGGCUCUCAUAUAAACUGCUAAAAGCAACAGACAGGGCGCUCUUUGAAGUGGGCGCUCAGAAUGGAGAAAUAAGAACUAUCAGACAAGUCACCGAUAAAGAUCCCGUUAAACAGAAGCUCACUGUUGUAGUGGAGGACAACGGGCAGCCAGCACGUUCAGCUUCAGUCAAUGUGAAUGUGGCGUUGGCCGACAGCUUUCCUGAAGUGCUCUCGGAGUUCACUGAUUUUCAUCAGGACAAAGAAUACAACGACAACCUGACUUUUUAUCUAGUCUUAGCCUUGGCUGUGGUUUCAUUCCUUUUUAUAACGUCUAUUGUGGCUAUUAUAUCGGUGAAAGUGUAUAGAUGGAGGCAGUCACGGACGUGCUAUCAGUCCAGUCUCCCGGUCAUUCCAUACUAUCCACCUCGUUACGCAGACGGCACAGGAACUCUCCAAAACGUGUACAAUUAUGACGUAUACAGGACCACUGAUUCUAGAAAAAGUGAUUUUAAGUUCAGCAGACCCGAUAGUCAAAAUGUGUUGAUAAUGGACCCCAAUGCUACUGCAACUAUGCAGCGGAUUUACAGCGAGAAAAACAUCCUGGAUGAGCCCGAUUCACCAGAGGAGUCUUCAUUCUUUAUGCGUCUCUAA